CCAGUGCCGUGUGUGUGUGUGUGUGUGAGCGAAUAAGCGCGCGAUCAGAUUAAGACUUCGGCCCGCGAAGAGCCCGUGCAGGAGGACCCCCCAAACCGUCAGCUGAUCCUUCGCUUGUGCGCGCGCUCGUCUGUAGUGUACUUUCUUUACAUUUUGUUUUGAUCAGUUUGCUGCUGGUGUGGCUGUACGAUCAUCUGCCAACAUGGUGAAUCCGGAUUUCCUAAGCUCUAUGCCUAUCAUCAGGAAUAUGGACUCUUCAGACCAGGCGCGCUACCUGUGGCGCACCGCAGAUGCUGUCUGUUUUGAUGUUGACUCCACUGUCAUCAUGGACGAAGCAAUCGAUGAAAUGGCCAAAUACUGUGGAAAAGGAGAUGCUGUUGCUGCUUUGACUAAGGAAGCCAUGAAAGGGAGUAUGAAUUUCCGGGAAGCUCUUGCUAUGCGAUUGAACAUCAUUAAGCCUUCAACAAGCCAAAUCAAGAGCUUCCUUCAGAAUGAGCCAGCUCGUCUUACCCCAAGAAUAAAGGAGUUGGUGGAAGAACUACACAAAAGGCGCAUCCCAGUUUACCUGAUUUCCGGUGGUUUCCGUUCCUUAAUUCAACCUAUUGCCCAAGAAUUAAAUAUUCCUAUUCAGAAUGUGUAUGCAAACAGACUCAAGUUUUACUACAAUGGUGAAUACGCUGGUUUCGAUGAAGAUGAGCCAACAUCAAGACAGGGAGGCAAGGGAGAUGUUAUUAAAAUGUUGAAGAAGACUCACAGAUACAACUCAAUAAUUCUGAUUGGAGAUGGUGCAACCGAUCUUGAGGCCUGCCCACCAGCUGAUGCUUUCAUUGGUUUUGGUGGAAAUGUUGUGAGAGAGGAGGUGAGAUCACGUGCCAAGUGGUUUGUCUCCGAUUUUAAGGAUCUCAUUGACGCCCUAUGAGUCAGGGCCAUAUGAAUGAAGAGAAACUGAACUUUGCCAAACGGAUGAUAUAGAUGCUGCAGGCUUUUAUGAUUCCAUUUGUUCAAAUUAAGGCUGUUAAAGAUACGCAGUAUUCUAUAUUGCCAUUUUAUUUACAUGCGAUAAGCAAGAUUGACUACAAUCUCUAAAGCUCUAGCUUCAUCUUGCAACUGUUUCAAAGAGGGCUGUGAAGAAUUCUUCUCUGCCAUCUUAUCAUGAAAGUGUAUUUGGUGUUGAGUGCAGAUGUGGGUUUCCCUAAGAAAUCAAAAAUCUUUUCUGGUUUUGCAAAGAAUACCCCGCGCAGGGUAAAAUGUGAAUUAGAGACGUUUAACACAGCUAUAGUGUACAAAUCUUGACUUUGAUGAGGUUUUAAAACUUUGUUGGCAUUUAUCUAAAAUGCCAUUGCCUGCUAGUAUUUAUUCAAACACCACCUGCAGCUACAACAGUAUUUGAAGAUGAUACUUGGUAAGUUGGUUCUUCUCUGAGGCUGUUAUGUAAACGAUUCAUUUUGAUGGUAGAUUUACACAAAAUGUACCUGCAUGUUUUUGUGCUACAAUUAGAGAAGCACUAUUGAAAAGUCUAAAAAAUUUGCGACCAAAUUUGAUUUGGUCAAAAUUCGUUUGAUAACACAUUCAAUAUGUGUAAUGUGGUGGGUUAAUUUGUCUUGGCGUACUUGGAUAGAAGUUUUAUAUAGAAAGUGCUCAUUACUGAUGUAUUUAUGAUGUACAGUUCUAUUAUUUUCUUAGUAAAAUCAUGAAAUGUAAUUAUUGAAAAUUUUACUUGAAAGCUCCGGUUUUCAAAAACUUGCAAAAUGUAUAACAAAUCAACAUUUGUCAUAUCAUAGAAACACCCUUGUGGUGAUUUCUGCAUCCCUGUCAGUUUUAACGGUUAAAAAAAUAUGAGUCCUGUCUUCCCUGUGGCCGAUAUGCGCCACAGUAUUGUGAUAAUCCUGACUAUCAGUUUGUGUAGUUAGUUAGUUAGUUGGUCCUAUGAGUCUGAAUAAAAAUUCUUGGAAAACUGUG